CUCCCGGCAAACGCAUUUUUACACAUUUUUUUUAGCAACACGUCUAUGUAAUCUUGAAAUUAUCUGGUAACCGCUCGACCCUCAAUGGACCGAAGUUUUGCGAGUGUUAUUAUCAAUCACCAAAAGACUCUUAUAUUUCAGGCAACGGUUUCUGGCCUUGUAUAUGUUAUGGGUCGAUUUGAUUAACUGCACAAUUUCAAAACCUCCGUUCGGAUUCGAAGUGGUUCGGUCAAAACGAUUUACAUAUCUUAACAUGGAAUUGUCUCUCACUCAUCCUGUUGCGUUUACGCGUAACAAAUCUUUAUCUUAUCCCAAAUCAGAUUUCGUUCCAUCGGUUUCUUUCUGGAGCAAUAAAUCCGGUAGAAGUGAUUACACCAAAUUAUGGAAAUCAAAAAAUGUUUCUCUUACAAUCACCGCAGCUAUCAAACACGUUCGCGAUCCAUCACUAGACAAACACGUGGUAAAGCAGAACAAAAUCCGUUUCGUACAAAAGUUGAAAACUUUACUCCUAUCCAAACCAAAACACUACAUGCCACUUCAUAUACUUGGAAAAUGCCGCUCGUAUCUAUCACUCGCAAAACCUCGAUCACUCGUAUCUAUGAUCCAUCGUUACCCAACCAUUUUCGAACUUUUCACCAUUCCGUUACCGCCCACACCGUUAAACGCAACAAAAACACUCCCUCAACUUUGCGUGAGACUCACUCCAGCCGCAGCGUCUCUUGCUAACGAAGAGUCGAAGCUCAAAACCGCCAUGUCGGACUCACUAGCCAACAAGCUUCUAAAACUUCUUAUGUUAUCUUCGCAUCACCGGCUCCUUUUGUCAAAGUUGGUCCACAUCGGGCCCGAUCUUGGCCUCCCUGCUAACUUCCGGUCCCGCCUUUGUAACGCGUACCCGGAUAAGUUUAAAACCGUCGACACGUCUUACGGGCGUGCGCUUGAGCUCGUGUCGUUCGACAUUGGUCUGGCUCAGCCGUUACCGGUUCCGGAAGUCGAAUCGCUUGGAUUGAUCGUUGACCGGCCGUUGAAGUUUAACCGUUUGAGACUUCGUAGGGGGUUAAACGUGAGAAGACAUCACGAAGAGUUUUUGAUGAAGUUUCAACAGAUAACAGAUGUGUGUCCGUAUCGUACGAAAGUUGAUGAGUUUCCGAAAGAAUCUAUACAAGCGGAAAAACGGGCAUGUGAAGUGGUGAGGGAGGUGUUAGGUUUGAUGGUUGAAAAAAGAACGUUAAUCGAUCACUUGACUCAUUUUCGAAAAGAAUUCGGUUUGUCGAAUAAGUUGAGAGCUAUGUUGUUGCGGCAUCCGGAGUUGUUUUACGUAAGUUUGAAGGGUCAGAGGGACUCUGUGUUUCUCGUCGAAGCAUAUGAUGAUAACGGUAAACUUUUGAAAAAAGACGAAUCUUCUAUAAUAAAAGACCGGUUAUUUGAUUUGGUUAAGGAAGGUAAACGGAUGAGGCGAGAGAGACGGGUUAGCUUUAAGAACGGUUUUAAUUAUGGAGAUACUGUAAUUAAUCAAGAUUAUGAUAGUCUUGAUGAGAUUGAUGAUGAUCUUAUGGAGGGUUUGGAUGACUUGUUUGAGUCUGACGAUGGCGAUUCGGAGAUAAGUGACGAAGAAGAAGCUGCGAGUAUCGAGUCGUUGCGUCUCGAUGAGGACGGAGAGUUUUGGUCUACGAAUAAUGAAUGUUUAGAACCUUGGUGAGAUAGCUGCGGGUAUUGCAAGGAUGUGGUUAUGUAUGAUAGGUUGAGAACUGAUUAUACUGAAAUGGGUUAUAUUACAAAUAGUUUGUUUGUUGCUUA